UCAGUUUUUAUUAUUUUGGCCGUUUUCAUGCUGCUAAAUCACGGCUGUCUGUAUAAAAAAACCUCGAUGCAACCGCAAAUAGAAAAUGAGUUAAAAUUCAUAAAAAUCAGAAUUCCGUUAAAAUACCUGUAGGGACAGUCUUUUCCAAAGGCAGCUCCCGCAUAAGGCUGCACUGCCGUUUACCUUCGGGGCCUCUCGCAGCAGCCUGACAGGUGGCAAUUCAACAGGUCGGGCACGGUUCUUCGUCCCCAGCCAUGCGGGUGGAAGCAUCUCCUGCUAAGGUUGCUUUUAAAAACCACAAAGAUGAUACAGCUCCCUUACUAUGUCGGUGGAAGGACGUUGUUUGGAUGCACCUAUUUUAAAGCACCUUCUGGCCUGCUACGACCACAUAAAGAGAUUCCCCAGAGGCCUGCCUUGUCCAGGAUUUCCACAGCUGCUUCUGCCAAAUCUGGAGAGGAUGCUGUGCUCAGGUGGGGCCUCCUCCUAAUCCCCAUAGCGACAUUUUGCCUUGGAACGUGGCAGAUUCAACGGCGGAAAUGGAAGUUGAAGUUGAUCUCUGAUCUGGAAUCCAAGGUGGCAGCAGAACCGAUCCCACUCCCAGCAGACUUCUCGGAGCUAAAGGAGUUGGAAUACAGACCUGUCAAGGUCCGAGGGUAUUUCAUUCAUGACAAGGAGCUGUACAUCCUUCCACGUUCGUUGGUUGAUUCAGAGAAAGAAGCCAGGGAUGCUGGCCAGCUGAUGUCCAAUCCUGAGAGUGGUGCCAAUGUCAUCACACCCUUUUACUGCAUAGACCUUGGGAUCACAAUCCUUGUCAACAGAGGGUUUGUCUCCAGAAAGAAACUUAAGCCAGAGACUAGGUUGCGAGGACAGAUCGAAGAGGAAAUUGAGCUCACAGGGGUGGUGAGGCUGUCGGAAACCCGCAAGCCAUUUGUUCCAAAGAACGACAUUGAAAGGAAUCGUUGGCAUUACCGGGACCUGGAUGCCAUGGCAAGAGUGACAGGAGCUGAGCCCAUCUUCCUUGAUGCAGACUUCAAAAGCACAGUUCCAGGGGGGCCCAUUGGAGGCCAGACGAGGGUGACGUUACGCAACGAGCACAUGCAAUACAUCAUUACCUGGUAUGGUUUGUGUGCAGCUACCUCUUACAUGUGGUACAAGAAAUUCAUUCAGAAGGUUCACCUCUAAGACUUACAACUCCUUGGUGCAAGCUUGGCUUCAAAAUGCUCACAGGAACUGCAGCCAGUCUCUGAGGUCACUAUACAGAGGAACAGUCCUUCUGACUUGAUUGCAGCACUUCAGUGACCAGAGCAAGCAGACCCAAGCAAGGAAGACUCCUGUGUUCUGCUGAGAGUCGGCUGCAAUAUAUUAGAGCUGCAGUCUUGAAUUCAGUAGGACUCACUUCUGGGUAGGCAUGGUUAAGGGAGGAAUUAGGAUGAUGGGGGCCUUAACAGGGAGGGUGAAAGCCUUUCAAAUUGUAGUGCUUAUCUUGGGUUGCUUAAUGCUAUGUAAUCAGAAAUGACAUGAAGGAAAUAAGGAUUCAAGAGUAUUAGUGUUUGUGCAAGUAAUCAGCAUGUUGCUGAUACAAUAUGAUGCAAAGUUCCAUGUCAUGAAGUAGUAAAUAAAUCAUGUCGCAUAUACA